AGCAUGAGCCGCAGCAGGGCUGCUCCUCCGCGUCUGGCGCCUACGUUUGGAGUCGAAAUCGAAAUCUUCGUUAGACUCAAACCUAGUUUCGAAGAGAAUAUUCGGCGCAAGCGACUAAAGAAGGAACACCUACCUGAUUACUUCCAAGAGUGGCAAGAAGAUCUGCCCAAUGAUUCAAACGACAGACUCGCGGUACGUCAGCGAUUACGUGUAUGCUUCGCCCUCAAGGCUCUUAUAGAGCAGGAGUUAGGCCCGGAUAGUGGCUGGAGGUGCGAACUCGACCUCAGCCUGCGCCAACAUGAGCUGACAGCACCUCCUGAUCCCCGCAAAUGGUGGGGCAUCGAGAUGAUCUCGCCGCCAAUGUCUAUCAAUAAGCAUUGGCAACAGGAAAUUGAGCAGGUGUUUGAGGCUGUCGGCCAGCAGUUCAAUUUCUGGACCACGGAACACACCUCCUGCCACGUGCAUAUCACGCCCGGGCCAGAUAGGUCGAGCAAGUAUACGGAAGGUGAACUUGCUAACGUUGCAAAAGGCGCCUACUUUUGGGAAACGGCACUGCUGGAUCUUCUGCCGGUAGACCGUAAGAAGACCAAAUAUGCACGUCCAAACUAUGAACUAUACGCGGGUUUGGAGUACUCCAAGGUCGGCCAGGAUAGCUGGGGACCUCUCUUCAAGAAGAUCGACGCCACAGCAGAUAAAGGGCGGGAGAUCUUUGUACAGAGGAUGAUGGGAAUCCCGGAGCUGGACGAGGAUGGCAGCCGGUACGGCUCUCACAAUUUCGAACCCGUACCAGUGGAGGUGCUGGGUACAGUCGAGUUCCGCCGCCAGGCCGGCGUCGCCUCGGCGGAAACCACCAUUCACCGCAUACUCCUCGCCAUUACGCUCCAUAUCAGUGCUCGAACCUACGACUUCAAGCGUGCCCAGUCGCGAAGGUCUCACCCAUCCAGCGACGAACUGAUCGCCGAACUCGCUCGCUGCGAGAGACUCCUCCCUGCGGAGACCUGCAAGCCUCGUUAUAGCUUCGUAAGGUGGCUUCAGGACUGUCAAAGGGACUACCGCGGCGGCAGAAGGUUCACCGAGAAGGAGAUCAACGAUCGCGAGGCGGCGUUGCGCCCGCGGUCCAUUCGGGACCUCGAACCCGCAACCACUAGUGCCGGACGAGCCACCUCAGGUCGGUCAGCACAGGGCACUGGCACGGCAUCUGCCGGCCGCGCCAACGUCGGCGGAGAGAGACAGGGAGGAUCUGCGCCACUGCCAGUUCGGCCAGCACAGAGCACUGCCAGGACGUCUGCAGGGCGCACCAACGCCGUCGGAGGGAGGUCCGGAGGAUCUGAUCUCUCUCGGUCAGCACAAAGUGGAACAGCCUCGGCAUCAUCGGGGCGCGCCAGCGCCGCCGUAGUCGAACGGAUAUCAACCAGCAGAAGCGACAGACCGUCCAGUUCGGUCCCAAGGUGA